CAGUAUCUCUGAGCAGUCGGCCGGGUCAACGUCUGAGCUCAACACGGUCCAACUUCACCAAACACCCUUGAUUUCAGUCUGGUUGCAAUAUUACAGAGGAAGAAUUAAAUUUUUAAUUGAAGUUUGAUGCUCCAUGAUAAAUCAUUUGCGAUUUUCAAUCAAUAUCACACAUUAACACUGAAAACUCUUGGAGUUCUGGAAGGCUGAUACCAGUCGGGAUACCAGUAUGUAACAUCAGGCAAAGUAACUGAAUCAUCAACACGCUGUUUAAUGAAUCAAGGGACUCUAUCAAGUUGCUAAUAUUAAAUCUAUAGAUGGAAAGAAGUCAAAGAACUUUGUAAAUUACAGUUUUCAAUGGAAAAACUUGUUUUGAAGAAGGACAUUUGAGAAAGAAUCAUGUUGAAGAAGUGGUCAGGGAUUGCAAGGAAGAGCCUUGGAAAGAUCCAGACUGCAAAGAGUUCUGGGUCGGUCCAUAGCGAGGAUGGAGCCGGGAACAGCAGCGGAGACGAUGGUCCUGGAGCCAGCAGCCUGGAGAACAGUGAACCAGAGCUGUGUAUCCAGCUCCUAAGGAUUCCCUCCAUCAACAACUACACAGGACUGAAGAAGAGGAUCCAGACAAGCUCCACGGAAUGGCUGGAGGGGUUCCUGGAGCUGGAUGGACUAGGGGUGCUCCUGGAUGUGGUGGAGCGGCUCUCAGAUCGCGGUAUGAGCUUCGCGGAUGCCUACCUCCAGGUGGAGAUAGUAGGAUGCAUCAAGGCGGUGAUGAACUCCAAAACUGGCAUGGAUUUCCUGAUUGAGAGUGUGGACUUCACCCGGAAACUAGCUAGAGCACUGGAUACCAAGAAUGUACUUGUAAAGAAGCAGGUUUUUGAGCUCUUAUCUGCCCUCUGUGUCUAUACUCAUGAUGGAUAUGAACUCGCUGUGGAUGCAUUGGAAGAUUACAAGAUGCAGAAGAACCAGCGCUACCGGUUCAGUCUCAUCAUUAACGAACUCAAAACGGCCGAGAUCUUGCCUUACAAGUCAACUCUUCUAGGUUUCAUCAACGCCCUGCUGAUUGCCACAGCGGACUUUGAUGCUCGGAUUCACAUGAGAAAUGAGUUUAUAGGACUCCAGCUGCUUGAUAUCCUUACACAACUCAGGCUUGAAUCAAAUGAAGGAAGGCAAAAUAACUCUGAAGACAAUGAGCUUUCCAUCCAACUAGAUGUCUUUGAUGAACAGAAACUGGUUGAUGAUGAGGAGUUAAUGACCUAUUAUCCGGAUGAUGGAGUCGAUCUCAACAGCCCUGUUGAAUGCUUCCAUGCUAUUUUCAACAAGGUUGGUAACACUCCGCAGGCAGCAUCGCUUCUGUCCAUUCUCCAUGCCUUACUCCAAUUGGAUCCUGAUGACCAGGUUUCUGAUGAGCUUUGGGACCUCACUGAUCAGUUAGUCAAUCAAGCAACAGCCCUGGACAAUGCUGAACAUAUACAUAAUCUCUUGACAAAAGGAAUCACAGACAUUAUUCUUCUCUUGAGAAAAGGGAUAGAUCCAAUUACAGAGAAACCAGCAGUGCCCAGUCCAACAGGUGCUAAAGUGGACAAAGAGAUCCAGACCGAUGCUGUCAAAUUUGUUGAUCCAAGGACUAGUGCAGAAGAUGUGAUUGUGGCAAGAACUGAAGCCAUCGUUUCAAGUGCUGCUCCUCCACCACCUGCACCACCCCCACCUCCUCCAGGGGUUGGUGCUCCCCCACCUCCACCACCACCGCCGCCACCAUGUCCUGGAGCAGGUGGCAUGAUACCACCACCUCCUCCUCUUCCAGGUGGUCCCGGUAUCCCCCCUCCACCACCACCCCCACCACCUCCAGGCAUGGGUGGGGCUGUACCUCCUCCACCACCUUUUACAGGAGGUGUACCCCCACCUCCUCCAUUACCUGGUGGUGCCCCGCCCCCUCCUCCUCCACCCUUUCCGGGUGGUGGUGUCCCUCCCCCUCCACCAUUCCCAGGUGGCGGGCCUCCGCCUCCCCCUCCCAUUGGAGGAAUGGGUGUCCCUCGCCCCCCUGGACCACCAGGCAUGUCUUUGUUCAGUGCUGUGGGUGUUGCUAAUGCUGCCUCAGGACCUCCAAAGCCAAAGAAGAAGAUGAGAACUGUGAACUGGUCUAAGAUACCACCAAACAAGAUCAUGUCACAACCAAAUAUGAAUGUUGGACCAAGUAAGAACAUUUGGCGUCAGAUCAGUGAGCAUGGAUCCUCCAAGAUUACACCAGAGUUUCAGAGUAUAGAAGAACUCUUCUGUCAACAGGAGAAGAAGGCUAAAGAUGAAGCUGACAGUGCAAAGAAGAAAAAGAAAGCAUCUGCCGAGAUCAACCUGUUAGAUGGCAAGAGAAGCCUGAAUGUGAACAUCUUCUUGAAGCAGUUCCGGAUGCCUAAUGAAACAAUCAUCCAACUCAUCAAAGAUGGCAACGUUGAAGGGUUCGGAGGAGUGGAGAGGCUCAGAGGGCUUAUGAAACUCCUUCCAGAAAAAGAUGAGUUGCAAAUGCUGAAGGCCUUCGAUGGUGACAAAACAAAGCUAGGAGCAGCUGAGAAGUUCUACCUUCAGUUAUCAGAGUUACCAAAUUAUGCACUCCGUAUUGAGGGUAUGAUGAUGAAGGAAGAACAUGCAGCAGCCAUUGGUCAUUUGAAACCAGCCAUUAACAUUACUGCGCAAGCUUCAAAAGAUAUUCUUGAGAGUGAAAAGCUGGAAGAAUUCUUAGCUCUCAUACUUGUCACAGGAAAUUUCAUAAAUGCGGGCGGAUAUGCAGGAAAUGCAAUGGCCUUCAAGAUAUCGUCUCUACUCAAGCUCCAGGAUACCCGGGCCAACAAGCCAAGGAUGACCCUGAUGCAUUACUUGGUGGAGAUGGCUGAGGAAAAGAAUCCUGAUCUCCUUACCUUCCCAAGUGAGAUGAAGAACCUGUCUCAAGCUUGCAAGCUAUCAGUAGAUCACUUGACCUCAGAAGUUAAACUGCUUGGGAAGAACCUUAGUAAGAUAGAGAAACAAGUUAAUACAGCUUCAGAUGACAUUAAAGAACAACUUGUUAAAUUUCUAAAAACUGCCCAGGAAGAAGUUAAAGAACUUGAGGAAGGUCUAGCAAAGAUUGAGAUUCUCUCACAAGAACUAGCCACAUACUUCUGUGAAGAUCAGAAGACCUUUAAACUUCAAGAAUUCUUGCAAAUCUUUGAAACCUUUGCCAAUCGCAUCAAGCAGUGCCAGGAUGAUAAUGAAAAGAGGAGGAUAUCAGAGAAGAAAGCUGAACAGAGGAAGAAGCAAAGGGAAGAGAUGGAGAAGAAGAAAAAGGCAAGGGAGGCUGCAGGAGGAGUACCUAGUGUUGGUCUGAAGGCACCAGAGGAAGAGGAAGAUGGAUGCCUUAUAGAUAAUCUACUGAAGGAUAUCAGAAAGGGCUUUGUUUUGAAGAAGACCAGGAUGUCAGAUGAACCUAUCCCUUCCCAGAGCCCUAUUAAGGGAAAGAGGAGAUCUUUACGCCUGAGGUCAACUGCUUCAAGUAUAUCAAGCCUCAGCAGGAAAGGCAGCAGGAAAAAGAAACAGGAUGAUGAACUCAGUACUAGCGAUAGCCUCAGGUUGCCUAGCGUAGCAUCAAUCAAAGAGGAAGGUGGCAGGAAGGUUGAAGGGUCUCAGGGCAUUGAGGUAUCUGAUAGUAAAGAGAGUGGUUCAGGAUCGGUUGAAGGGGCUCCUGAAGCAGGGAAGAUCACAACUGAGAAUAAGAUCAAUGGUAACAUUGGGAUUGAUCUUACAGAAACAAAAACAAAGGGUAACAGUGAAAAGUUUAAGAAUGUUGAGACACUUUCAAAUGGUAAAGGAAGUAGUGAAAGUGAAGCGAAAGAAGAUUCAUCAGACUUUCGUGGCCCUGAUAUGCAGGGUUUUACAGGCAGCUACUUGAAUGGGGAAGUGGCAGGAGAGGUAGAUCGACCACCUCUUGUAGAAGCCAUGGUGAUUGAUGAGAAACAGAACACUAAACCUGUUGCUAUGAGUGCAGGUUCAGUGAUGGCAGCCAUUAACAGUGGUAAAGAUACUGUAAGCGAUGGGAUGGCAUCGACCACAAGCGAUGUCACUUCGUUGUCGAUGGAUGAAAGCUGCACAUCGACUCCUGCUGUAUCACGGCAGGAGGAUGAAGCAGGGAAUGGAACAAGUGGUGUUAAAUCAGAUGAUGUAUUGGAAGAAAUUGAUGCCCUUUGUUUGCAAGUUGAUGCAGAUAUUAAAGAGAUGAAGAGGAGAUCGUUUAUCGAUGAAUCGACAACUGAAAAUAAUGUGGUUACAGAGAAUGACAGUGAUGUGCCGGAUAUAAACGAGAAUGGAAAUCUGGGUGUAUCCCUCAAUGGCCAUCAUGGAAAGGAAAGCAGUGAUACAAUGUCUUCACCGUUGUUGAGUGUUGGUAUUCCUUCCACACCUCAGGACGACAUUACCUCCUCCAAGGAGAAGAGAAGCUCUACUGGAUCAUGGAUCUCAGACAUCAGAAAUUCUAUUCGAGGCAAGAAGAAUUCAGCCUCCUCCCUCCAACCAGAGGAGAUAUUACAAGAGCCGAGGAUGAGUGAGAACAUUGGUAGCGAUGGAGAAGUCAACUCUGUGAACUCUUCCCCAUCUAAGGAUUCUAUGAGCAAGAACAGCAAGGGGAGGGAAGGCGAUGAUGAAUGUGAGACGACAACCGAUUUAGACCUGAUGAUUGAAGAUCUCGAGGAGUUCAUCAGUGUUAGUUAUCAUGAUGACGAUGAAGAUUCAAACUCAAACAACAAUAAUAACACACCACGAUCAAGCAUUGAUAUUGAUGUUCCCAAGGAUAUGGCCCUGGAGGUGGACACCAGAGAUUGCAUCCAACAGGAGGAGGAUGACGUAUUUACUCCUGAAGAAAGCCCAGAAAGUCAAAACGCUGAAAGUGAUAGUAAAAACCAAGUGCCUACACCCACUAAUUCAGACAAUGAAAAGUCAACAGUGUAUUGCCUCACUGGGAACAAAGCUGAUGAAGUUGAACAAAGUGAUCUUCCAACUCAGGUAAAUGAAAAUAGUCCUGCAUGUGAUGUUAACCUUCAACAAGAAAAUCCCAAAAUUUAUAAAGGACCAAAACAUGAAUCUGUUAUUCCCUCCACCAAAGAACUUAAUGAACCAAAGUCAACUUUGUUACCUGAACAAUCCAUGGAGAAACAUCCAGAAAAAACCCCAUCGCUGAAGACGGUAUCGAAUCAGGAAGUUAAAGUUGAUGUUUCGUCUUCCCCACCUUCUUCACCUCGAGUCAGCAUCUACGUAAACGAAGGGGACCCACAUUUAUCGGAUGCCCCCCACGACAGGGGAGACUUAAGUUUAGCUAUUCCAAAGACUGGUAAGCGCUCCCGUGGUGCCAGACUCUAUGCUUCCGUCUUUAAGAGACAUCAAUCUAAGCACAGGAAAGAGUAUCAAACAGGAAGCAGUCCUUCAUCGGUGAUGGGGUCUCAUUCUUCCAUUAUAGGCUUAUCACCUCCAGACAUCAUUACAGAAGCCAGCAUGGACAGUGCUCAUAAGAAAAAGAAAGGUGGGUUCUUUGGUUCGUUGCUUUCAAGGGGUAAGAAAAGCAAGAAAUACAGCCCCGACCAGAGAGCUAUAGAAUCCAGCGGAACCUUUGAACAUGAUGAAGAUGAUGGGAUUGUGAAGGAGAAAAAGAAAGGAAGGUUUUCCCAUUUCAGACCGAGCAGACACAAAAACAAGGCCAAGACACAAACCUUAUAGCUAUAAUCAAGUUUUUAAUGUAUAUUUCAUAUUACAGCAAAGUCAAGGGUGUCACAUUUCUUCAUUAUUAUUGAUAUGGUCAACAAAUUUCAAGAGAGAGAAUACAGCAGAUGGAAUAAAACUAAAUGUUGAUUGUACACUUAUACAUUUUAUUGUUGGUUAAAUGAUCUCUUUGGUUAAAAUUACCCUUACAGUGAAUUCUUACUUUUAGUACAAGUUUUUUUUUUUUUACAAAACUACGUCUGAAAGCAAUUAUCACAUCAACUGUAUGAUCUACUACAUCGCACAUAUUUAGAAUGUGGGUUGAAGAUCGAAGAAGCUUUCAUCUCACAAGUAUCAGCACCAGGUGACAAGAGUAGUGAAUAAUGUUUUUCUUAUGACUUUUAAAAUAUUUCUGAAAAUUUUCAUCAAAAAUUCAGUUAAAAUCAUUUAUCGAAACCAUAAAAAAUGUGGAAUGAAUACAUGUAUGUAUGUCUUAUGGUGUGUUUUUUAAAAACAUCAAUUAAUCUUUACAAUUUCUCUAUAAAAGUAUUAAAAAAAAAGUUUCUCUGAGAGAACAUGCAAAAUUAACUCAAAGAGAAUCUGUAAGUAGGAAAUCUUAAUUCUCAAGUUUUUAAGAGUUGGAAUAAUUAUCUUUCACAGAAUAUUCUUUAUAACUCAGGAGUAUGUUUAUUCGUAAAAGGUCACAUUUCACUUGCUAGUACCCAACAUUUAUUUUAUUGUGCCGUGAUAAA